GCUCUCCUCUUCAUUAUUCCUCUGGCUUCCAUGGACGACGAUCACUCUGCUCACCGGCCGCUUCUUCCGGCGGCCGACGAUCACUCUCCGGCGACCGGAAAUGCGUCGACGAUCAUCGUAUCUGGUGCGAAAUGGGUUCUGAAAUUGACGAUGUGGGUGAUCUUCAUCGGGUGGAUUAUGGUGAUUUUUCUGUACCCAGCUUCCUUCACUGUGGAAAUGUUUAACAAAUGGUUCAAUGCCACCGAAGUAACCCUUUUUGGGGUCACUGGCGGUGUCUUCCUAACUUUCAGCGCUCCCAUUCUCGUGAUUGCGGUCCUCUCGGCAGUGUACCUGGUUGUUUCUGGGGACGACGAGCCUUACCGGAAUAAGAAGAAGAAGAGUGGGAAAGAGAAGGCGAAAUGGCGGCUGUGGACGCUGCCGGUGGUGGUGGGGGGGCCGUUGGAAGUAGUUACGGCGGCGGAGUUAGUUGGGAUUGUGGUGGUUGUGGCGUAUGUUGUUUGGGCUGUCUAUAACUACACCUUGCGGAUGUUGGCCGACAGUUUCCUUCAGUAUUUAACUCCCAAACAGAAGAGUGCGGAGAUGUUGGAAAUCAUGGGACUGAGGCUUGGGUCAAUUGGAUUAUUCUGUUUGGGGUUUUUGUUUGUCCCAAUAUCGCGGGGUUCUGUCCUUCUACGCCUCAUAGACAUUCCCUUCGAGCACGCCACCAGAUACCAUGUCUGGUUGGGCCACCUCACAAUGCUCAUUUUCACCCUCCAUGGCUUGGCCUAUGUCGUUGGAUGGUACAUGCAAGGCCGAUGUAUCCAACAGUUGCUGGAGUGGAAAGACAUCGGAAUCGCGAAUCUUCCCGGAGUUAUAAGCCUUCUGGCCGGGAUCUUGAUGUGGAUCACCUCUCUCCCCAAAGUCAGAACCAAGAACUUCGAAUUGUUCUUCUACACUCACCAAUUAUACAUCGUUUUCGUCGUCUUCUUCGCGCUCCACGUCGGCGAUUUCGUCUUCAGCAUCGCCGCCGGUGGAAUCUUCCUUUUCGUCCUCGAUCGCUUCCUCAGAUUCCUCCAAUCCAGAAGAACCGUCGACGUAAUCUCCGCCAAGGCCCUCCCCUGCGGCACCGUGGAAUUGAUCCUCUCGAAACCUAAAAGUCUCCGAUACAACGCGCUGAGUUUCAUCUUCCUGCAAGUUCGAGAGCUGUCGUGGCUGGAGUGGCAUCCGUUCAGCGUUUCGUCGAGUCCAUUGGAAGGAGAAGAUCGGUUGGCGAUUCUGGUAAAAGUUCUUGGGAAAUGGACGGAGGGGCUUCGGGGAAAGAUCUUGAAUGAUAAAAUUACAGAGCUCUCUUCUGAUAAACAUCGGUCUCGAAUGACGGUUGCUGUGGAGGGGCCUUAUGGCCAUGAAUCGCCAUAUCACUUGAUGUACGAAAAUCUGAUUCUAGUAGCUGGAGGAAUUGGAAUUUCUCCUUUCCUAGCCAUAUUGAGCGACAUUCUCCAUCGUACCAGAGAUGGGAAACCAUGUUUGCCAAAGAAGAUUUUGGUUGUUUGGGCAGUCAAGAAAUCAACUGAGCUUUCUCUUCUCUCCACUCUCAAUGUGGAAUCAAUUUGUCCAUUUUUUGCUGAUAAACUCAACAUCAACAUCUCCAUCUAUGUUACUAGAGAAUCACAACCACCAUUGGAAGGUGAAAUCCAACCCACAAAGGUGAUUUCAAUUUGUCCACUAUCAAAGGGAUCCAAAGUGAGUGUUUUGGUUGGGACUGGUGACAAUGUAUGGUCAGGGCUGUAUGUUUUUUUCUCAACUGUGGGCCUUGUCCUCUUAGUGGGCUUACUAGAUGUCUAUUACAUCAACCCUUUUCACAUCAUAAAAUGGUGGUACAAAGGCCUCCUCUUCUUGCUUUGCAUGCUUGCAAGUGUUGUUCUCUUUGGAGGUCUUGUGGCUGCCUUAUGGACUCUUUGGGAACAACACAUUUCAACCAAAAGGAUAAACCACAACAAUGACAUUGAAGAUCAAGUGGGUGGAGACAUCCCCAAAGAGAGUUUUGCACAAAGGGAUUUCACUUCCAAGCCCUUUGCAACUUCUACCACUAUUGAGUAUGGAUCUAGACCAAACUUUGAAGAGAUUCUUGGAUCAGUAUCUGAGGAUCGGGGCAAAGUUGAUGUUGGUGUAUUAAUUUGUGGUCCUUCUACACUUCAAUCAAGUGUAGCAAAAGCAAUUAGGUCACACAACAUGGGCAGACGCAGCCAUCAUCCAAUCUUCCAUUUCCACAGCCACAGUUUUGACCUUUAAUGUGAGCCGUAUAGUAGUGCUAUAUUGAAGUUGGCAAAAAAAAAAAAGGGUUUGUAAAUUGUAUUACUGUAUACAUACUGUAUAGUUUUAAUUAUAAAACUUAUAUUUAAUGUAUUUUAGGAAUUAUUUAAA